AUGAAGCAUCCAUUGAGGAAAAUCAGGCAGGACAAUUUCCUUCCAAAUGAAUAUCAGAGCAACUUUGAAAUCGACCAAAACAGUGGCGUCAUCUCCGUGAUAACAGCACUAGACAGAGAGGAAAUUGACCAGAUAACGGUUUACAUACAGGCAGCUCAGCAGGAUGAUGCCAGUAAGACGGCAAACACUGUGGUGUCUGUCACCAUUGAAGACGUGAAUGACAACCCGCCAAAAUUUGAGCAGGAUGAGUACACGGUGUCUAUUCUGGAAAAUUCACCACAGGACCAGUUUGUGCUUCAGACUAGAGUCACUGAUCUAGACCUGGGUGGGUUCUCUAAAGGUCACUUUAUCAUGGACAGUGAUACCUUCGUUAUCAACAGUCAAGGAGUAAUAUCACUCAAGAGCGAUGCCACCUUGGAUAGAGAAACUAUAGGCAAUUACAUUAUACAGGUAAUAGCUGUAGACCAGCCUGAUGAUGGUUUCAACUCCACAGCUCAGGUCAACAUCACUGUUCUGGACGUCAACGAUAACAACCCACAAUUCCUUCCUCUCCCAGAGCGCAUUGAGAUUCAGGAAGGUGUUUACACUCCCUCAUCACCUGGAGAGGUGUGCGUGAUAUCAGCCACAGACUCUGACAUUGGAGAAAACGGACGUGUCGCCAUCACUACUUACUCACACAGUGGACUAUUCAGCUUCAGAGAGGAUGGGACUCUACUAGCUAUCGAGGCGCUGGAUCGGGAGACACAGGACGUGUAUGAUGUGGUCAUUGUUGCAAUGGAUCAUGCAAUCCCACCAAGAAAUAACAUCACCACAGUGAGGGUCAGUAUCACAGACGUCAAUGGCAACGCUCCAGUCUUCAGCUCUGACACUUACAGCAGAAGCAUUCUGAUUAAAGACGCCAAGGUUGGAGAAGUACUGCUGACAGUCUCUGCCACAGAUAAAGAUGCCGGAUCCAACGCAAUCAUUAGCUACAGUUUCUCUGAAGACUCUCCCAUGGUUGCACUGGACGCUGAAACAGGAGACAUCACUUUGACCUCUGACCUUAGUGAGGUCACAGAAGACACACUGCUAACCCUGACUGCUAUUGCGACAGAUCAUGGAACACCAGCACAGUCUGAUGAAGCCAAAGUCUUGAUUCAUUUCAAAACUGACGGUUUGGCUUUUGAGAGCUCCUCUUACAACUUUACAAUCAAGGAGAACGAACCUGAGGCCACGAUAGUAGGCAAAGUCAAGGCAUUAACAGGGAGUCCACUGGUUACAGUCAGCUAUAACAUGAAGUCACACAAGGAUGUCUUCUCUGUGGAUGGUGAGGGAAUCAUAAAAGCUCUCAGACCACUGGACAAGGAGGAAGAGGAGUGGUACAUCCUCACAGUAGAGGCCAUAGACUCCAGAACUCCUCCAAACACUCUAUAG